AUGAAGCAGUUGCUUCCUUGCACUCAGCUGAAACAGCCGCCGAGUUUCCCUGCAGCGUUUCAAUUUCACGGGUUUUAUAGCUAUUUCCCGACAUGGUGUGGAGGAUGUAAACUUCGAGAAGUUCGUGAAGCGGCCGGCGGUGCGGCACCCGUUGCUCAGGAGGAUGUUGAAGGCAGGAGGGCGCAACACACCAGAGCUCUAGCAUCCAGAAGAAUAGUAGAUCGGCUUCUGCAUCCAUCACUGCAUCCGAAGAUCCGCCCCUCACCAUUUCAGCCUCUUGUUACGGGCCUGAGGAGCCCUGUAGCCGACGCGACGGCCUGCUCUCCGCAGUCCCAGCUACGCGUGUUACGCAUUUCUUUGGCUUCGUUCGCAGAAGCCCUCCCUCACUUCCUGUCCGAUCUUCAGCAGCGAACAUGCAGAGACGGGCAGUCAGGGGGCUUAGCCUUCACGCAGGAAGAAGGUGGCGGCACGUUAGCAGAGAGUGCAGGUGACAGUGCCUCUACAGAUCCUGAAGUGGUGCAACCUCAGGGAUCCGCUGAAGGCCUUAGAUUUCCCUCGCCUGGCGACGAAGUCUCUCAGGGCGGGGGGAAGUGCGACCAACUGCUGCUGCAGAGCCGCUAUGACGCACUACUGCGCACCCCGCAGGCCUUCGGCAUGCAGCUACAGCUGCUGCAUGAGCGCAUCCAAGGUGCACAGGAGCAACAAGCUAAGUGUGUGUACAUGGAGAAGUUGCUUCCGCUGCAGCAGCGGAUCCGCAGUCCUGGCACGGAUGCCUGUCUGCAGGUGCAUCCUCUCGUAUACGCUGCUUUUUGCAUGUACAACCCGAGCAAUAUAUAUCUCGCUGCAGCAAUGCGUGUGGGAGCGGCGGAACACUUUCUCGGGCAGUACUUAAAAGCCCGAAGCAGUAAAAAGGCGUACAGGCGUAGAUCCUUCUCAGACAUCAGCGGGAGAGGCAGAGCUGCAGCUGAGCAGUGGCUGUCGCACAGCUCUCUAAGGAGCAUUUGCAUUUACCCCCUAGAAGCUCUGUCGCCUCAGCUGCGCCUCUUUCCUUUGACGGCUCCUUUGCGGCUAGCGGCUUGGGAAGACAUUCUUUCUCGAGCUCUUGCUGACUAA